AUGCGCCUGUGGGCACGGGGCGUGGCAAGCGCGCCGCCGAGGCAAAGGAAGCCGCUAGGCCAGCUGCCACCAAGCACAAAAGGCUGGGGCCGGCCCGGCCGCGUGCUGCAUGCGCUGCAGCCGGUUCCAGCGGUGGCUGCCUCUUUCUUUUUUUCUUUCUUGCGCGUGCGCGCCGGGGCCGGCCCGGCCGUAGAGGCCAAACAACAGCGGGCUGAGGGGACACCCUUGCUCACUCCCAUGGUGCACGGUGUCAUUGAGGUCAACAUCUCUAUAGACUCGCGCGCUGUCACCGGCGUACAUGGUCUGGAGGCAGUGUAG